GACACACAUUCUAUGUGUGACUUCAUUCUUAUUGAUACGGUGUACCUAAUUCAGUAUUAUAGCUCAUUGAUAUGAAUUAUAAAAUUUUCGAAAUUAUUUUAUCAAUACUCAUUGUGUGUAUUUUAGCGGAGGAAAGAAAUAAUCAGAAAGCAUUAUUAGUGAAAAAACAUCUAAAGAGAUUGAAGAAAGUAGAAGGUGCUAUAAAAUUGGUUGGAGGUAAAGGUGAAUACGAAGGAAAUGUUGAAAUUCUACAUUCAGGUAGAUGGGGAGCCAUAUGUGACGAUGAAUGGGAUAUGGCAGAGGCUAAGGUUAUAUGUCGGCAACUAGGUUACAAAAAUGGAACAGUCAAAUACACAGGGAAUGGCUAUUUCGGACCAGCUAAACGUCAGUUUUGGAUGGACAAUGUUUACUGUGAAGGUUCUGAAAAAGAAAUAACAUCUUGCAGAUUCGAUGACUGGGGUACGAAUGAUUGCGAUAUCACAGAAGCAGCUGGUGUUAUCUGCGCAGAUCCUCCCCAAAAAGAAGAGAAAAAACAUCACGAACCUAAAAAGAAGAAAUCACGGAUGCAGAAAUUACCAGAUUCAUUGGAAUUGAGAAUUCUUGGAGGGAGGAUUAAACAAGAAGGAAGGGUAGAAGUUAAGACUUCAGGUGGAAAUUGGGAACCGAUUUGCGGCGAUGGAUGGUCUAUUUUAGAAGCCUUGGUUGUUUGUAGGAGUCUUAAUCUCGGGUAUGCAGGUAAUGCAUUUCAAACAGACUACUUCGGUGGAAAUCUAAGUAACAACAGUUAUGCCGAUAUCAAGUGCAGAGGUGAUGAGAUCUCACUGAAAUAUUGUCUACACGAUGUGAAUGCUGUUGGUGAUUGCCCGGGCAAAGAUUUAGCUGCUGUCUCUUGUACCACAAGUUUACCAGAUCUCGUAAUCGAUCAUAUAGACAUAAUGAGAACAGCUCAUUUGGAAGACAGGCAGUUAUUCUUUCUCCAAUGUGCAAUGGAAGAGAACUGUUUGGCUUCUGAAGCUUAUAGAAUACAGAGAGAUAAUCCCAGUGGAUGGCACCUAGAAACGAGGAGAUUGCUGAGAUUCACAGCAAGGAUCUUCAAUGCUGGUACGGCAGAUUUCAGGCCUUUCAUUCCUAAACAUCUCUGGGAAUGGCACAUGUGCCACAUGCACUACCACAGUAUGGAAAUAUUUGCAACUUUUGAUAUUUUCAAUGACAAAGGUGUUAGGGUGGCAGAAGGACAUAAGGCCUCAUUCUGUCUGGAAGACAAUCAGUGCCUGCCUGGCGUAGAACCGAAAUACAACUGCAAUAAUUUUGGCGAUCAAGGUAUAUCUACAAACUGUUCAGAUAUUUACAAAUAUACAGUCGACUGUCAGUGGAUAGACAUUUCUGAUAUAAAACCAGGAGUUUACACAAUGAAAGUGGUAGUCAAUCCAGAAUUCAAGGUCGCUGAGAUGUCAUAUGAAAAUAAUGCUGCAAUAUGUACAUUUCACUACAGCGAAACAUUUGGAACUGUUACAAAUUGUUCUGUUCAAAGGCCUUAGAUUAACUGUUUCAGUUGAAUAAUUUUGAGGAGCUUGUUGAUUACCUUGUAGUAUUUCAAUACGUUUAAUUUUGUAUUUAAUUUAAAUGUAUUCUGUAUUCUGUACCUCGAAUAGUUUUCGGUUGUUGUCAUUUUCAAUAAAAUACCGACCAGUUAAAACAGAAA